GCAGUUGCUGUUCAUAGUAAAACAAGAUGGAAGGUGUUUAUCCUUCACAAUUCCCUUGAACUCACUUUUCAAAACAAUGAAACUCCCAAAGACAGAGCAAGGUCUAUCUGAUGAAGCAUAAAGCACAAAUGAACAGAGUUUACUGGAUUCUGAAAUCGUUCAUUGUUUCAUAUCAAUCUAGAUUGUGCUUAACUGAAGGUGAAGAAUGUAUUUUGAUAACUGUAUUCGAAGAGUGUAAUUAAACUGAAUUAUCUCGAAAACCAUGUUAAAGGAAUAUUCCGGGUUCAAUACAAGUUAAGAUCAAUCGACAUCUUUGUAGCAUAAUACUGAUUACCACAAAAAUGAAUUGCCUUUUCUUUAAAAAAAAAAAAGAAGAAGAAGCAAAAAUCGAGGUUACAGUGAGGCACUUACAAUGGAAGUGAAUGGGGCCAAUUUUUGGAGGGUUUAAAUGCAGAAACGUGAAGCCUAUAAUUUUAUAAAAGCCCUUUCAUUAAUUCUUCUGUUAAAACGCAUGCAUUGUUUGAGUUGUAAAGUUGUUUAAAUUGUAAUUUUUACAGUCAUUUUAGGGUUUUAGGGUUUGUUGACAUCGUCAUGGCAACAAAGCUGCAAAAUUGGCUAUAACUUUACACAGAAAAUUUAUCUCACUAAAAUCAUGUUUACACGCAUUUUGUUUAUGUCUUGUAGCUACACUUUUAUAUAUAUAUAUAUAUAUAUAUAUAUAUAUGUAUAUAUAUACAUUUUAACAUUAAAAAAUUGGCCCCCAUUCACUCCCAUUGUAAAUGCCUCAUUGCAACAGAUUUUUGCUUUUUUUAAAGAAAAGGAGGGGCAAGUCAAAAUUAUUUUUUGCAGUAAUCAAUAUGAUGCCACAAACUAUGUCGAUUGAGCUUAGCUUUUAUUGAACCUGGAAUUUUCCUUUAAAAUUUAUAAUGUUGUGGCUGUACUUUUGUGUGUAUUUUAAUAGAUAAGGACUGUUCCCAUUCACUCCCAUUUUAAGUGCCUUACUGUAACCGCGAAAUAAACCAGGGACAAGUGUAAAUUUGAUUUUGUGUUAAACAAAAAUGCUAUUGAUUGAGCUUAGCUUGUAUGGAACCCGGAACAUUCCUUUAACAAAACCACUACAAAUGGAACACUGUUUCACUGAGAAGAAAAAAAGCCAGUGCGAGCAAUUAUGAACUGAAUGCAUAACGGUCAUGAUGGCAGUUUACCAUAACAGUUUGAACAUUGUUAUCAUGCUAAUUCUGUCAUGCCUGUGUGAGGGGUUUGGCUUGUGAAGCCUCAUCUCUUCACACUUAAGCUACCUUGCCUUGUGUGGAGGGUGAUAGCAUCUCUGAUAGGAUAAACUGACCCUCUGAUGCAGUUGAGGAGCUUUGCGGAGGGUAUAAAACUUCUCAAAGAUCAUUCUCAUUGCUUUCUCUCAUCUCACACCCUAAUCUUUGCAGUAAUGGCUCCUAAAAAGCCUGAACCAAAGAAAGAGGCAGCCAAGCCAGCGCCCCCUCCAGAGCCAGAGAAACCCAAGGAACCUGAGUUUGACCCAAAAAGCAUUACGAUUGAGUUUACAGCUGAACAGAUUGAAGAAUUUAAGGAGGCAUUCUUGCUGUUUGACAGAACACCGACCGGUGAAAUGAAGAUCACCUAUGCCCAGUGUGGUGAAGUCAUGAGGGCGUUGGGUCAAAACCCCACAAAUGCAGAGGUCCUGAAAGUACUGGGCAAACCAAAACCUGAGGAAAUGACCUCCAAACUGAUUGACUUUGAGACUUUCCUGCCUAUGUUCCAACACGUGUCCAAGUCCAAAGAUCAGGGCACUUUUGAGGACUUUGUUGAGGGGCUGCGAGUGUUUGACAAGGAAGGAAACGGCACUGUAAUGGGAGCCGAACUUCGACACGUACUUGCAACUUUGGGUGAGAAAAUGACAGAAUCGGAGGUUGAACAGCUAAUGACUGGACUGGAAGAUGGAAACGGUUGUGUUAACUAUGAAGCAUUUGUUAAACAUGUCAUGACUGUGUAAACAAAAGAGGAACAAAUGUGACAGACCUCUACUGUUAUCAACAGACCCUCAGCCCAGUUCUUCACUCUCUUGCCCUGUAGUUUUUCUGUUCAUGUGAUUUUGUCAUUGCAUUGACAUUUGUUUUAAUUUGUGUUGCACAGACGCUCACACAUCCAGAGUUUAAAACUCACAGGUUUGAUUAGAGAGAGAGAGAAAAAUAAAAUAAAAUUGACACUCUCUUUGUUAUAUUGCCCUCAUCAUAUUCUCCUAAAAUGAAUCUCCACCAACAUUUAAAGACACAACUGCAGCCAGAGAUUUCUCAAUGUACAGCUGUCCUAAUAAAAUGGAUUAGAGCAACAGCUAGAAAAAAGAAGAAGAAAACCCUGUAAGAUUCUGAAUCAGGAGUGUCACUGUGAAUUACAGAUCAAGAGAGCAUGAAUAACGACAAUAACACAAUGGCCUUAUCUCUACAACAGUUUGCAGUUAUGUUUGUCUGCGCAUUCUAUAUUUGUACAAACAGAGGAUAAAAUUAACUUGUUAAUUUGAAGUGUCUGAAUAGACAGCCUUGCUUACAUCCCAGACAUCUAAAGAAUGUACUCAUGGAUUAGCAAUGGACCUGUGAUGGUCCACAGCUGG